CACCUUCUGUAUUGGUUCUAUUCAUAUCAUAUUCAUGAAUUUCAUCAUCAUCAUUCUCUACUCACGUUUACCAGCAGAGUUACUCUAGUUUCAGCAGUGUGGUAAUUGAAAUUUUUGAACUGUGUCAUAUUUUGUUAUUAUUUUCGACAGCAAUGCCGACGUCCAGGGAAAAAUCAAGAUAUGAGCCUGUGGAUACCCCUGAAACUGAGGCUUUCAACCACUUCACUUCCAACAAUAAACACAGCACUGCAGCCCCAUGCAGAGCUUGCACGGAUUUCAAAAGUUGGGCGAAAGCUCAGACCAGCUACACUAAGGGAAAACCGAAUUCGAAAGGUUCCCCGGAGUCUGAGACUAGUCAAAAUGGGACGGCUGAACAUCCAAUGACAGCAACAAAGUCGCAAUUACAUAUCUUAGGAAAUAACUGUCCUCUGGACAAAGAUCAACUAGGUUACCAAACAUGGGGAUUAUUGCAUACAAUGGCUGCUUACUAUCCAGAUCAUCCAACAGAUCGGCAGCGCAAAGAUAUGUCAAAAUUUUUUGUUCUCCUCUCCCGUUUUUAUCCUUGUGAAACAUGCGCAAAAGAUUUUUCAGAUAUGAUAUCAAUUCGUCCUCCAGUCACAACUUCACAAGAAUCACUGUCACAAUGGCUUUGUUGGGCACACAACAAUGUAAACUACCGAUUGGGGAAGCCCUUGUUUGAUUGCAGUCGCGUCAAUGAGAGGUGGCGUGAUGGUUGGACCGAUGGGUCUUGUGAUCCAUAAUUGUUCUAAGUAGAGAGUGUUGAUUGUUUGAAAAGCUGUCCUUGUUAAGAUGUCUCAUUGAGAUAUGACUCUUUCAUUUAAGCUUAACUUACUGUCAUCCUUUUUAGCAUUCUAAAUGAGUGUAAAUAAUACUUUCAUAUUGUCCAUUGUAUUACUAGUGAUAUCUUCUCAAUAAAUUGUUAAUUUGUUUUAAUUUAAA